AUGGCGAGUUUUGACAAGGAUCACGACGGCUCCGUCAACUGCGCAGAGUUCCUGCUCAAGUUUUUCAUGACAGGGUUUCAGGAGCGGUCCAGGCGCCUCCAUAUUCGGCGAGAGGGUGAGCGGAAGCGGAAGGAGAAGGAAGAGGCGGAAACGGAGGCUAGGCGGGCGGAGGCAGAGGAACGAGCUAGGCAAAAGGUGGACUACGAAUAUACUAGCGAGGAACAAGCGAGUGGUCUGGCCAAGCUGGUGGAGGCCGCCGUAGCCUACGACGCCACAGGUCCUGCUUCCCUUGGCCUAGGAGCGUUUCAGGGGCACAACAUGCCGCCUCAUGUGUUCCGGGAACAGCUGAGGAAGGUCUUCAACAUCAAGCUCACGCCUGCGGAGCUCGGGGGCGUGAUGCAUCGGUUUGACAAGGAUGACGAUGGAACUGUGGACGUCGUGGAGUUUACGAAGAUGUUCUUCAAGAUGGGGUUUGACGAGAGGAACAGGAGGACAAAGAAGAAACGAAAAGCUGAUGCGAAACGGGAGGCCCUUCUGGCGGAGGAAGAAGCGCGGAAGCGACGGCAGGAGGAGAGAAAGAACGCUCUGAAAAUAAACAGGUCAUAUUCUGAGCGGCACUACCAGUCGGCGAUGGCCAAGAUAACCAAGGCCGCAGCCAGGUACGACAAGAACCACCCCAGCGCCGUGUCUCUGGAUGCCUUUGAUGGGGCGCAAAUGGAGCCUCAUGUGUUUCGUGAACAGCUCAAGAGGGCGUUCGGGAUACAGUUGACACCACCUGAGCUGGGCGCUGCCAUCCACGCCUUCGACAAAGACGGCGAUGGGUCGAUCAGCUGCCCGGAGUUCCUCCGCACUUUUUUCAGGCUUGGGUUUGAGGUGAAAUCUGAAACCAGCACCAGGAGGAGAACCAGGGACCGGAAGAUGGCGAGGAGGGUAGAGGAGGAGGCGGCCGAGAAAGAGCGGGAGAUUGAGCGCAAGGCGGCGCUUAAGGUCAGCGAAAGCUUCGAUGAGCACGACAAGGAGUCUGCGAUGGCCAAGAUUGCUGACGCAGCAUCCAGGUACGACAAGAAUCACCCGAGCUGUCUGGGGCUCGAUGGCUUCGAGGGGGCCUUGAUGCCACCACACAUCUUCAAGGAGCAGCUAAAAAGGGUGUUCGGCCUCAAGCUUAGCCCUAGUGAGCUUGGAGCGAUGAUGCAGGAGUUCGACAAGGACGGCGACGGGACGGUUAAUUGUGCCGAGUUCCUCCUGACGUUUUUCCGGGUUGGCUUCGAGAGCCGAAACCGAGCGCUCCAGAGACGGAGGGAAGAAGAGGCGGCCAGGGCGAAGCGGACGGAACAGGAGGAGAACAGGCGCUACCUCGAGGCGGAAAGGAGAAGACUUCAGGACGCCCUCGCCCCGUAUACCGAGAAGGACCUGGAUGACACGCUAGACUCCCUCAUUGAGGCGGCGGCUCGAUACGACAGGCGCCAACUAGGUCCGGGCGGGCUCAAGGCUUGGGAGGUGAAGUGUAUGACACCGACGGAGCUGAAGGCCGCCCUCCAGCGAACGUUUGACAUCCGCCUGUCUCCGUCCCAGCUAGGUGCCGUGGCGCAUCUCUUCGGGGUAGGAGGGGACGCGGCCGACGCAGACUUGUGCGACGGAGCGUUCGCGCCGCCGGUGCAGAUCGAAGUGCCGGAGUUUCUCACCACUUUCUUCAAAAUUUCCGCCGUCGCCAAAAGGCUGGCGGCGCAGAGCGAUUCGGCGGCGAGGCUCAGCGAGUACCGGGCUGCUCUCAAGGAGCGCCUCGCGCAGCAGGAGGAGGUCAGGCGGACCCUGAAAGCGAUGCGUGACAACCCGCCAAAGAGAGCUCUUACCGCAGACAGCGGCUUGAAGAGGGCGGCCAUCAAAGGGGGCAAAGGAGGCGCCGGGCCUAGGGCAGGCGGUCGGGCGAUGGACCCAGUGGAAAGAAUCCGUUUACAGGUUUCCAGAGCGCGGGCUACCAAGAGGCUGGACCUCUCCACGUGGGCCAACCGGAGGCAGGGGGAUUUCCUCCUCAGCAGGGUGCCUCGAACUGUGUGGCACCUAACUGGGCUACAAGAGCUUUGGUUGACCAACAACGACAUCCAGAUGCUCCCGCCUCAGAUCCGAGAGUUGAGGUAUCUCCGAACCUUGGGGGUCGGCCGCAACCGCAUUAGCAGGUUGCCCGGAGAGCUGGGGCUAUUGCCUGACCUGGAGCACGUGUACGCGGAGAAUAACUGGCUCAGCACUCUGCCGAAAGAGCUGGCGACGUGCAGGAACCUCCGGGAGUUGCGGCUAGACCGCAACCAGUUCUCGAGGCUGCCCGACUGCGUUCCCGAGCUCCGAAGCUUAGAGGUGCUCGAUCUCCGGGGAAACUCCAUCACGACCCUCCCACCUGACCUCAAGUUUCUGCGGUCGCUGCUCGACCUCGACCUCGAGGGAAACCCCAUUGGGCCCGAGAUCCCGGAGGUCCUCUUCGCGUUGGUAAACCUUUCGCGCCUGAACCUGGCCGGAACGAUGCUCGGGCGGGCACAAGGCAAGCAGCUCGAAGCCAGGCUGCGCCUCGACGAGCUCUCCGUUAACGCAGGUGCGGCCGCCGGGCCUGAGGACGCCGAUUCGUCCGUGGAGUCCACACCGUCGCAAGGGAAACAGCAGCACCACGGAUUCGAGAAAGGAGGGUUUCGAGCUGUGCCCGGGAACAAGCGUGUUAGCCGCCCGACGAGCGUACCGGAGCACCGACUGCCGGAAAUUAGAGAUAAGAUGCCAGGCUACAGCACCCGAAGACUCCCGGGUCUCGACGUGUUGCCGUCAGAUGCCAAAGCGAUGAUGCGAGCUAAGGCUAGCAAGUCGAGAAGAUUCAGCGGCAGCGGCGACGCGGCAAACAGCGGUCCUUCCCUGCCGGGGGCCGGGGGAGCUUCGGGGGCCGGGGGGGGGGGUGCUUCGGGAAGCACCAACACCAUGCCGAAGGGGAUCGGAACGGCAAGCCGGGUGGUGGCCGCGGCAACCGCAUGCGACUGA